GGCGCCGCCACCGCCGGUUCCGGGCCCGGCCGUGGGGCCCCGAUGUCUCCGCGAACUGCCCCGCCGCGGUUCGGGCCGCUGCAGUUGGCGCUGGCGGCGGCGGGGACGGCGGCGGCCACCCUGGACCUGUGCAUGGACGGGUGGGUGGCGGCGGGGUACGCGCGGCGCGGCCACCCCGGCUGGGCCGCGCUGUCGCUGUCGCUGCUCGCCGCCGCCUCAGCCGCCGCCCAGGCCUGCAGCUGGCUGUGGCUGCGCUCCGACCCGCCCGCCCUGCGCCCCGCCGUGCCCGUGGCGCUGCUCGCCGCCCUCCACCUCCUACAGCUCGGCUUCUUCUUUAGGUGCAUCUAUGCUCUGAAAGUGGGCUGGAGGGUGUGCUGGGCAAAGGCAGAGGAGGAGGAUGAGCAGAGACACAUGGCCUUCCUCUCCCACGACAUCAGCAUGCUGCGUCUCUUCGAGACCUUCCUGGAGAACACCCCGCAGCUCACCCUGCUCCUCUACAUUAUCCUGCGGACAAACAAGGCUGAGCUUUCCCAGGGCCUGGGGAUGGGCAGCGCGUUCCUGUGCGUGUCCUGGUCUCUGCUGGACUACCACCAGUCCCUGCGCUCCUUCCUGCAGGACAAGUACGAGCUGAGCCUGGCCUCUUCCGUCGUCUACUUCCUGUGGAACCUCUUCCUCAUCUGCCCCCGCAUCCUGGCGGUCGCCCUCUUCGCCCUGCUCUGGCCCUACGGUGUGGCUGUCCACUUCCCACUGGUGUGGCUGGCCAUGUUCGUCUGGGUCAGCCUGCAGGGCACGGACUUCAUGGAAUCACGUGGCCCCGAGCAGCUUUACCGGGCCAUGGUGGCUGUGAUCCUCUACUUCAGCUGGUUCAAUGUGGCACAGGGGAGGACGCUGUACCGCAGCAUCAUCUACCACGGCUUCAUCCUGGUGGACAGCACGCUGCUGGCCCUGGCCUGGCUCUGGGGCCGGGCUCCCUCUGAGGAGCACCCAUACCUCCUCCCCGUGGUCUCCGCAGCCCUGCCCUGCUACCUGCUGGGGCUAGGGCUGAGGGUCACCUACUACAAGUGGCUGCACCCCAACGUGCAGGUGCAGCAGGAGGGCAGAUACGACGAGGUGGAUGCCAAUGGAGGGAGUGAUGGGGUGGAGUUUCGCUCGUUUUUGGAACCAGACCUUGUCAACAGGCGGAUGCAGUGGCUGGCCCAGGCCCACUUCUCCUUGUCCCAGCCAGCACAGCAGCACAUCCUGAAUGGGGCUGCUGCUGUGGAGUCAGCUGUCUGAGGGCAGCUCCUCUAAAGGGACAUGAGGGGGGAGGUAGACUUGUUGGUGUGCCCCUGGUUGUGCCCCCCAGGCUGUUGUUUUGGACAGCUGGAGGGAGCUGGCAGAAACCAGGGGUGAUGUGGAAACACCCAAUGAGUCCCAUGGCACUCAGCAUGGCUCCCAUGGCUGUACCCUCAAGGAAAGCCACAGUGUUUGUGGUGAGUCCAGCACUUCAUGGCAUAUGGCUGCACUACUGUGUCAACUUUUCUUGUUAUUUAUUACUAGCUUUUUCAAAAAAGAAAACAAGAGCACUGGUUUA